CAGGAUGUUGGAUGCACUUAUGGGGGAAAUUACAAGAUAAAUUGGGUAUCACCACCAAAGACUAUAUUAAUUGUUCGGAAACAGUUUAGCAGAACAACGCAUUCCGCUUUGGUCGAGAUUGCAACAUGGCUUUAUGAAAACUUUCCGUACGUGAAUAUUGUCGUUGAAAAGGAAGUGGUAGAAGAGUCAGAAAACGAGCUCCCAUUUGUAAAAGUCGCCCCGCCUGGUUCACACCAGAAAGCAGAGUAUACCAGAAUAGUCGAUUUUGUAAUUAGUCUAGGAGGAGACGGAACCAUGCUUCAUGUAUCUUCUUUGUUUGAUUCGGCCGUUCCACCCGUGGUUUCAUUUUCGAUGGGAACGCUCGGAUUCUUGAUGCCAUUUCAAUUUCAUCAAUAUAAGACAAUGCUUGAAGAAAUGAUGCAAGGCGAAGUCUCAUUGGCACUUCGAAUGCGAUUAUUAUGUUCAUUGUGGGAUAAAGAUGGAAAGAGGCUACAAAGAAACGGAAAAAACAUACCGGAUUUUCAGGUGAUGAAUGAAGUAAAUCUUCAUAGAGGACGAUACCCGCAUCUUACAGCUAUCAAUUGUUUCGUAAAUGGGCAAUUUUGGACUGAUGCUGUGGCGGAUGGCUUGAUCGUGGCCACUCCAACUGGAUCGACUGCAUAUUCGCUUUCUGCAGGCGGUCCAAUUAUUCAUCCUUCGGUACAAUCCUUGUUGCUGACACCGAUUUGCCCCAGAUCGUUAUCAUUUAGACCCGUCAUUCUACCACCCAAUGCUGUUAUCCAACUUCGCAUAGGUGAUUCCAGCAGAAGCAGUACGGAAAUGACGGUUGAUGGUCGAGAAGUCUAUAACUUGACAAAAGGAGAAUAUCUAGAGGUCCAAAUGUCACCAUACCCGGUUCCGACUGUUAGCCGUACAAAUACGGGAAUCGACUGGCUGAAAGAUGUUAAUGAUCUUUUGAAAUGGAAUCAGAGUUUCGGCAACAAACAGUUAUUGACUCACGGUCUCAGUUAA